GAGGAGGAGCAGCUGAGCUUGGUUCAGACUGUCGCAACUUUUUCUUUUCUUUGUUUCACACAGGUUCUGAUCCAACCAGGACCCCGCAGAACUGGAGCGCAGCGGGACUAAAAGCCGACUAAGGGCGGACUAAAGGCGGAGCAGCUCAGUCUGGAUCCGAACCCGGGACAUGAGACGGUAGGACGGACGGACUAUAUGGACAUUUUCUUUAAGUCGUUGUUUUGUUUCCAUGGAAACGGGAGCUUUUCCACCUGCUGAGGACAUGAUCAGCUUCUGAUCAAGGAUCGAUUUUUAUUAUUGGUCUGUAUUGAUCGGGAUGGCCGCGUUCUCGCUGCUGCUGCUCGUGCUCUGGACCAGUGGACACGCCAAGAGCACGUUCCCGCUGCGACCCUCUUACAGUCUGUAUACCGGCGGGCACGCGCAUGCUGCACGCGCUGCCAGCAGCAGACACAGGAACUGGUGCGCCUUCGUGGUCACAAAGACUGUGAGCUGUGUGGUGGAAGAUGGAGUGGAAACCUACGUGAAGCCUGAAUAUCAUCCCUGCAGCUGGAGUAGUGGACAGUGCAGCCGGGUGGUGGUCUACCGGACCUACAUGAGGCCACGCUACAAAGUGGCCUACAAAAUGGUGACUGAGAUGGAAUGGAAGUGUUGCCAUGGUUACAGUGGGGUGGACUGUAACCGUAGUCAAGUUGAUAAAGGGGGAACCCAGAACCACAUCAGUAGACCUCAGUCUGGACAGGGAGAAGGCACAAGUUUUGUACAAGGGACCGGGGAUUCUGAAGGAAGCAGAACUGGAUCCAGACAGACCGGUGGUCACAGUGAACAACAGGACACUGAGAAGAUUAUACAGCUGGAGGAAAAGAUCCAGAGGCUGACAAAGAGUUUGCUGGAACUUCAGUCCACCAUAAACCAACGCUUUCAGCAGGAAGCCAAUAAACCAGGCCUCAGUGGUGAAGGAGCUUCUUCUGGAGGAAGAAACCCUGCAGAUGCAGCUCAGCCAGAGAUAAAAGAGACAAUUCACAGCAUCCAAACCAAACUGGAUCAGCUGGACAGUCGGACUCAGGCUCAUGAUAAAACCCUGGUCAGUAUCAACAACCACCUGGUCAAUGGGAAAGGUAAUGAGUUAGAUGGAGGCAAGUCUGAAGGAACAUGUGGAGGGAGGCUGAACUCACUAAAGGAGGAGAUCCUGAAUGAGUUGGAGAGGAGAGUUUCGCUGUCCUGCUCAUCUUGUCAGGCUGGUGUGGAAGAUCUCCGCCAACAGCAGCAAGAGGACCGGGAGAGGAUUCGAGCUCUGGAGAAGCAGCUGAAUGCCAUGGACGUUCGGUAUCGACAAGGCUUGGACCGGCUGCAACAGGAAGUGGCACAUUUUGAGAAAUGCUGUGAUGAUGUUGUUGAUCUACAAAACCGCAUCAGUGAUGCUGAACGCAAAAUCAGUUCUGCCUCUGAGAAUUUUGAUGUUCUGUUGAACCACCUGGAUAAGGAGGCCAAUAAAGGAGGUGGCAGCAGCAGUGGAUCUAAAGGAAGAGGUUUGAAUGGUGGAAUCAGCGGACAUGGAAAAUAUGGUGUGUUGACAGAAGAUGGUCUAAAUCAUCGGAUAAAGGACCUGGAGCGGUGGAUCAACAGCAGCAUGCAACAAACAGAGCAGAACUGCUCAAACGUGGAGAACAACCUGAAGGUCUACUUGGGCAGUGAACUGAAGACAGAGUUCCUGGGCCGGUUUGAUGACCAGACCUUCAGGAUCACAGAGAUAGAAUUAGAAGUGAAGCAGGUGAAGGACAAGCUGGGUGACCAUAACAAGAGGCUGUCAAAACUGGAAAACAUCACCUCCCUCAUUUACCGGAAGAUGGAGCAUUUUGGUUGUGGGGGGUCUGAAAGUGGAGGAGGAAGAGGAGGUGACACAAAAGAUGGAGAUGAAAGGUUUGGAGAAAAGGGAUCUACAGAAGGAGGAGAAAAAUUAUCUCCGUUGGGUGAUAAAACAGAAGAUACAAGUGAGAAAUCUUUGGAGUGGAGAGUUGUUUCCAUUGAGGAUCAGAUUCGACAUUUUAACACUCAACUCAGAAAUCUGUCCGUUUCUGGAGACUCUCUGAACAACAAGGUUCUGGUGGAUCUGAGUCAGGACAUCCAUAAGAUCAAGUCUCUGACUGGUGAUCACGGAGAACACUUCAACCGAAUUGUGAUGGAGGUGGAGCUGCUGGGGCGAGAUUGUCACCUCUGUGGAAAGGUGGAGGAUGAGCUACAGAGGCUGAGGAAUAAUUCCCAGGAUGCACUGGGAAAAAUACAGAACCACAUCAACAGAAUCCAGAUCAGACUGGACUCAGGAGGGGACGGUUGUUCCCACACCUGCUCUCUCCUACAAGAUGAAUUUCGUCUUCUAAGGAAGGAUGUCCAGAAGCAUACAGGUCAAUGCAGGACCACUGUUGACCCGUUAACAGAUGGCGCUACUGGUGGUGGCGGUGGUGACAGUGAUACUGAUGAUGCCGGAGGUGCAAGUGGGCCUGGAGGUGCUGGUGGUACCAGUGGACCUGGUCUUGGGUUAGAUGCAGAAGAACCUCUAGAUGGCCACAGUGUAAUUGGAGGCUCCAUCAACAAUAACCAUCUGAAGAGGCUACAGGGGGAAGUGUUUGAGGUCAUCUUCAUCUUCAGUUCCAUCAACGACACCCUGAAGGGUCUUGAACAUAUGGUGCAGAAACACAGCAGCGUCAUAACAGACCUCAAAAACACCAAGGAUAAGAUUAUCUCUGAGCUGGAUAAAAUACAGCAGGAGGUGACAGAGCACAUCGAGGAAAGUCGGAAUCAUCUGGAUAAGGUAGAACACGAUGUCCAUCGUUUUGAGAGGAUGCUGGUGGUGGAGAUGGGAAACUGUAAGAGGUCUGGAGAUGGGCUGGAGAAAAGGCUGUCAAAGCUGGAGGGAGUCUGUGGAAGGCUGGAUGGUAUUUCUGACUCUAUCGACAAGCUAAAGGAAGGACUGAACCAGUCCACUUUGUGGACAUGUGUUUCUGGUCUGAACGAGACGGUCAUCCAUCAUCGAAGAAUUUUGGAUUUUAUUCAGAAUGACCAAGAAGAUAUCUACAGCAGGAUGAAAAACCUGAACUCAACCCUGAACCAAAUCUUUCAAAACCCAUCUGGCCGGCCUGGACCUCCUGGACCUCAGGGAGAGAGAGGAUUUAAUGGGCUGCCAGGCCCCCGGGGCCCCCCCGGACCACCAGGACAACAAGGAGAAAAUGGCCCUCGAGGUCUGCCAGGUCCCAAAGGUGAAGCAGGAUUUCCAGGUGCUGACGCUCAUGUCCCAAGACUGUCCUUCUCUGCUGCCCUCACUGUCCCCAUGGACACAGCAGGAACUAUCGUCUUUGAUAAACUCUUUGUUAAUGAGGGCGACUUCUAUGAUCCCAGAACGGGUAUUUUCACCGCACCUGUAGAUGGACGUUACUUCUUCAGCGCUGUUCUGACGGGUUAUAAGAAUGAAAAGAUUGAAGCAGUCCUCUCAACUUCCAACUACGGAAUGGCCCGGGUGGACUCAGGAGGAUAUCAGCCCGAAGGCCUUGAGAACAACCCUGUGGCUGAAGCUAAAAUGAUUGCGGGCUCUCUGGCCGUCUUCAGUAUCAUCCUGCCUCUGCAGGCUCAGGACACAGUGUGUAUUGAUCUGGUGAUUGGGAAACUAGCCCACUCAGUGGAACCCCUCACCUUCUUCAACGGCAUGCUGCUCUAUGAACACAUAUGACAUUCAAAUUGAUGUCUGAGAAUGAAAUCUGGCAGAAAGCCUGAACAACUUUCUGAUUCAUUACAGACAGGACUUUCAUCCUCUCCUCUUUCAGGUGUAAUUCAGAACCCAUUAUGGUGUAUCUCCCACUAAAGUAUUAUAUUGAAUAUCUCACAAAAUCUGCCAAGGAUAUCUGAUCAUUCUGAAGUGGCAGACACCAACCUGAAGAUGUCACCAUAAACCUGGAUUAUCUUCUAGUCAAAAUGUCCACACAACAAGAUUUAGGCAACAUCUUGAUUGAUUAUUGGAAUCUGUAGAUGAAAAUCUUACCUCAGGUGGUUUAAACAUAAUGUGAUUAUCGACAUGUUAUUGAUGAUCUAUAGAUUGUGAUGUUUGUUAUCACCAUAUGAAGGAGCUUUAGAUGUUGAUAUUUUAAUUAGAAUCCUUUAUUGUCAUUAAGUCAAAAGUCUUGGAUACAUUUGCAGAACAAAAUUUCAUGCACAUAGCUGACAUUGUUUCCAUGGUAAUGAUCAAUUUACAAACUAUAAAAGAUACUGAUAAAGAAUUCAGUUACCCAGACAUCACAAACCAUCCCUAGAAUACGACUAACCACAUUAUAUAAAAUAUUUAGUGUAAACAGCAUGUAAUGUCUUGUUUUACAUCAACUCUGCCAUGAUGUAGCUGACAAUGCAGCAUUCAUUCAUCAUGUCAACAGCUGUCUCCAUGUUGAUAACAUCUGUCUGUCCAGACAAUAUCUUUUUAAAAAAAUAAAUAUUCAUGUAGAAACACAACAUUUCAUGAUGAGGAUGUAAAAUUCACACAACCACUUGAUGGAACGACUCCAAAGUUGACAGGUCCAAGUUUUUCCUUGUCGACAAAGCAGUGAUAAGAGACAUAUGAUGCAGGAUCACCCAGGUGUUGACCCUGUCCAAAUGGAAAUUUUUCUAACAGUCAGCUUUGGACUCGCAUCUGUAAAUCUGCCCUUUUUUUCUGGACUAUCAGUUACUUGUGUAGAAUAAAUGUGAAUUCAAACUGAAGGUGAAAGAGCUGUGAUAUCAUUUAAUCAAUUUAUCCACGACACAUAUAAAAAUGGGAUUUUGAUAAACUGUGAAAAUGUUUACUGAUGAUUUAAGUAUGAUCUUUGCCUGCUUUAUAUAUGCUUUCAUGCUGUAUUACAGAUGAAUUUUAUUUACAAA